AUGGCAUGGGUCCUCUUUGCUGUACCAAAGUACGACCCCUACCGUGCCGGCAGGUAUGCCAGAGUAUCGUAUGUACGCGUCAACUGGAAUGAGUGGGCGCAGCACGAGGACGAGGAUGAGGAUGAGGACGCGAUGCGUGGCCAUUGA